UGGCUCAUGUCUGUCAUGUAAGCGGAACAGCGUAGUGCAGUUACUUUGCUGCAUUUACCAGUAAAUAAUAACUCUGAACAAUCAAUAUUCUAUCAAUUCAUUCUUAAAAUGUAUUAUACUGCAAAAUUCAACAAAUCUAAACAUGCGUGAAGCAUGCUAGGUGAUAUCCAGCUAACCAAACGCUUAGUAGUGAUCGCAUUAGUUCUUGGCAUUAUUUUGGUUUUGAAGGAGUACGUAUUUAUUUAUCCGCUAUGAGUAGCCGUAGGGUAGCUUAUUUUUACAAUGCGGACGUGGGGAACUUUCACUACGGGCCGGGGCACCCGAUGAAGCCGCAUAGACUGUCUGUUACCCAUAGUUUAGUGUUGAAGUAUGGACUGCAUAAGAAAAUGCAGGUUUACAAGCCGUACAGGGCAAGUGCGCAUGACAUGUGCCGGUUUCACAGUGAAGACUACAUAGAGUUCCUGGCUAACGUUACGCCGCAGAAUAUACAGAGUUAUUCCAAAGACCUCCUCCAUUACAAUGUAGGAGACGACUGCCCGGUGUUUGACGGGUUGUUUGAUUUCUGCUCCAUGUACACUGGUGCAUCUCUAGAAGGUGCUAUGAAGUUGAAUAAUAAUGUGUGUGAUAUCGCCAUCAACUGGUCCGGUGGGCUUCAUCAUGCUAAGAAGUUUGAGCCUUCUGGAUUCUGCUACGUAAACGACAUAGUCAUAGCAAUAUUAGAACUCCUAAAAUACCAUCCAAGAGUACUAUACAUAGACAUAGAUGUCCACCACGGUGAUGGAGUCCAGGAAGCAUUCUACUUAACGGAUCGAGUGAUGACCGUCAGCUUCCAUAAGUAUGGGAACUACUUCUUCCCUGGGACGGGGGAUAUGUAUGAGGUCGGGGCUGAGAGUGGGAGGUAUUACUCGGUGAAUGUGCCGUUGAAGGAGGGGAUUGAUGAUCAGAGUUAUGUUAUGGUGUUCAAACCAGUGAUCCAAAGUGUGAUGGAGUUCUACCGUCCAACAGCUAUCGUGCUACAGUGCGGCGCGGAUUCUCUAGCCGGCGACAGGCUGGGGUGCUUCUCCCUGUCAACCAAGGGACAUGGGGAGUGUGUCAACUUUGUGAAGACACUGAACGUUCCGACACUAGUUGUUGGUGGUGGAGGGUACACGCUCCGAAACGUGGCCCGCUGUUGGACGUACGAAACAUCGCUCCUAGUUGACGAAAACAUCUCAAACGAACUGCCUUUAACAGAGUAUUUGGAGCUGUUCGCGCCUGACUUCCAGCUACAUCCAGAAAUUAGCAGCACGAACAACGCCAACAGUAAGCAGUAUCUAGAAGCUAUAACAAAAUACACGUACGACAACCUCAGGAUGUGUCAACAUUCGCCAGCUGUCCAGAUGUCACACGUGCCAGGCGACUUCUUCCCCGAAGAUUACAAAAUAAAGGACGAGCCAGACCCAGACAUCCGGAUCAGUCAAGAAGAGUCCGAUAAGAUGGUGGAACCCAAGAAUGAGUUCUAUGAUGGAGACAACGAUAAUGAUAAGGAAACUGUGGUUAAGGAGGAGCCAUAGCAGGCUAAUGGAUAUAUGCAUUAUAAGAAGAAGUUUAUGUAAAUACUGAUAUACUAGAGGUACUUAUGUUUUCUAACUAUCCGGAAGACUUUAAGUUCACUGUGACUUUCUACAAGUCCGUUGGCCUUCGGAGACAUGAGACACCAAUUGUGUUGCUUAAUUUCAAACCUGGGUAAAUCCAUUCUGCUUUAAGUUUGAAUAUAUAAAAAAUAUAAUAUGAUCUGAAAGAUAAUCAACCUUAUAGCAGAAUGUAUUUACCCAGUUUUGAAGUUAAGCGACACAAUUACGGAUUAUAAGAAGAAAUUCAUGUAUAUAUAUUCCAUUCCGAAAGUUUUUAGUACAUAACCACCUGCAAGACUUAAGGUCCUUGAGAAGUUUUUUGAUAAAUCUAUUUGGCUAAAGCCAAAACGUGCUUCUAAGUUUUAGCUUUGAUGAUGAUGAUUACAUCCUGUUGCCCCUCAUCGGGGACACAGGGCUCUUAGGAAGGAUUUCCACUUGUCCCGCUCCCCGCGGCCUCCUCCAGGCCCCGCCGAGUUCGGUUCGGGUCCAGGUAGUUCGCGGGCCCUUGAUCUGAGAAUAUUCCAAGUCAACCCUUGCUUGGACAAGUUUUAGUUUUAGACCAUAUCAUUUUUUUAUAUAGGUCUUUAUCUAAUGAUCUAGGCUGUGCAGUGCCUGUCAAAAAAACUAAUGUAAACUAAGCUGUAGAUAAUUAGUUAUACAGGUAAGAAUUAGCAGUGCGUUACGAAAUAAUGAAUAAUCCAGAAGAGAGGUAAGUCGAUUCAGUUUAAUAAAACGAUUCGGUAGGAGCACAGUAAGCAGACGAAUCGUUCGAAACUAGGGAUGUACCGACUAGUCGGGAAAGCCGACUAUCCGGCCACAUUUGUAGUCAGCGAUUAGUCGGCAAAAAAGGCCGAUUAGUCGGCA